UUUGUUGAUAAGAUCAAGAUAAGAUCGCGCGCUCUCUGGAGCUUCGUUGCGGAGAGAGGCCGCAAUUAUCCCAGUCGACCCCUCACGACAUCCACAGCAGCACUUCUAUAACGCAUUUAUACGCCCUUAGUAGAUGCUAACACUGCUCAACGAUAGUUGCAACGGGGUCUGGCGGCCAUCUCGGAGGUAGUUCCCAGUAGAAUGAUACCCGUUCUCCACCUACUGCGAGACACGCGACCAUGAACAACAUCACCUCCCUGCGGAGAGCUUUGGUCAGCUUCGGGCAGCAUGCUCGUUUCUUCUCCUGCUCGUCCCAGUGCCACCAGCAUCAGCAGCAACAGCAAAGUGACGGCAAGAUCAAAACGGUCCCGUACUCCUCUCUCACCAUCGGCGUGCCUCUCGAGUCAUACCCGUCAGAACGCCGUGUCUCUCUCACCCCGGCUAAUGCCGCCCUCUUGCUUAAGAAAGGGUUCAACCAGGUGCUGGUCGAGCGUGGAGCUGGUGCAGCAUCCCAGUUCACGGAUAAGGCAUAUAUAGAUGCAGGGGCUAGCUUGAUGGACCGCCACGACGUUUGGGGAAGCGACAUCGUGCUCAAGGUGCGAGCUCCCAGCCUCAAUCGUGGCGAGGUAGGCUUGGUUAAGGAUGGCGCUACGGUCAUAUCUUUCCUCUAUCCAGCGCUUAACAGAGACCUGGUUGAAGCCUUGGCCAAGAGAGGCGUCACGGCCUUCGCCAUGGAUAUGGUUCCUAGGAUCUCCCGUGCCCAGGUCUUUGAUGCCCUCAGGUGAACUACCUAGAACUUCGCCAGCACAGAGACAAGAGAAAAACUAAUGGCCAGUAGUUCAAUGGCAAACAUAGCGGGAUACAAGGCAAUAUUAGAAGCCUCUAACCAUUUUGGGAGGUUUCUACCCGGUCAGGUUACUGCUGCAGGGUGAGUAUGCUCUUACGCUUACCCGCAUUCAUGUACAAUGCUAACAUUCAAUAGCAAGGUCCGUUUUGCUGUUCAUUCCACUUAUCACCAUAAUUAACGCAGUGUAGAUUCCACCUGGCAAGGUACUCGUUAUCGGUGCUGGUGUUGCUGGCCUCAGCGCCAUUUCAGCAGUAAGCCACGACCACCCUUACAUAAAGCAUCAUGGUUUAUACUGAAAAAUCAAGGCACGUCGUAUGGGUGCCAUAGUCCGCGGUUUUGAU